UCGGUUUUUUGCUUGUUUUGUAAAAUGCUUAGAAAUUGUUAUUAAAAAUUAAAAUUGUUCUUAUUGUUAACAGGGCUAAUCCAGGCGUUUAACAUAUUAAAAAAAAAUUAAACUCAGUAUUAAUUGCUGAAAAACGAAAAAAAAACUCCAAAAUAGUUAUGAACUUUAAGCCCACAAUCACUUAUUCUGGAGCUGCACCUUUGUUUCGCGCCUUAGAAUGCCAAAUAGUUGACGACAUUCCUUCGGAUCAAUGUGAAUGGAGGCGUACCUACCAAAGGCCUACAAAAUACGUGCGUUUAGAAGCACAGUUUCAGCCUCUCAAUGAGUCCUUGUUGGAAAAAUACAAAAAGGGGGUAUGGAGUAUAGUGGAACAUCCCAUCCUACAUAUAUAUGUGACGGAAUGUAACGAUUUAGACUGUUAUAAGAAAACAGCCCACGAAGAAAUCGAUAACUGGUUAAAGUUAUUGUACAGUUACGGUGUUACCGAUUGGAUGAUACUGUUGGUAGAAACUAUAGAUGUGCGUAAGACAAAAAAUCUUUUACAACGAACUACGGUUUUGGAUAAAAUUCGUACGGAUUUUGGUGCAAAAAAUGAUGAUCGUUGUAUAUCAGUACUGUAUUCAGCUAAACACAAGCCAACUGAAAGCUUCCGAUGCUUGGUGCAACGAAUACGAUUUCUUAUGCUUAGCAGUUAUAAUCGUAACAUUGCCAAAUAUGAAGAGCUUAUACGAUCCAAACGUGAAAAACGUAAUCAUGACAAUUGGGAUUUUCAUCAAUACUUCUUCAUGCAGGAGGAUUUAGCAUUACUUUUUGAAAAGCUUGAAUUGCAUACGGAAGCUUUAAUUCAGUACGACGAAUUGGAUGCUAUUUUUUCGCAGUUUCUUAAUACGGCUGGUCUUGGCGACAAACAUAAAUGGAUGGAAUGCUUUAAGAAACCUUUAACCUCUUUCUCAGGCAUCUGUUUACGACGAAGUGAACGUUUUGCUAUGCGAGAAAAAAUUCGAGCUGGAGCAGUUACGUUAUUGGAAUUUCGCAAUUAUUUAUUUGAGCGUCAAGCGUAUCUUUUGCAACAAAGCAAUGAUAUCUCUUGCAUAGCUAAGCGACUUUUGAAUUUUCUGUUUUCAACUCUGCGUGAAAUAGAGUUGGUGAAGCUAGAGUGCCAAGAAGGUGCGCUAGCUUGUUGGGAGUUUGUUUGCGCCCUGGAGGUGUUGCAGCUAUGUGAACGAACUAUGGAGCCCCAGGAAAUAACAUGUUUUCAAUAUUGUGCACCAAUUUGGAACUUGACUAAGGAUAAGUUAUACGAAUUGGGUAAAUUGUGUGGACUACUUCCAGGUUGUUCUCCUACGUCUGCUCAAUUACAUAUAGUGGUACAAUUGUCGGCCGGUAUAGGUGACAAUCCCAUUGAACCAGAGCACUUUUUAAAUCCUUUACCUCAGCAAAGAGAUCGAUCGCCAGGCCGAAAACAUCCUAAACCUGCUCCAGAACAGCUAAAGGAGGCGUUGAGUUCAAAUCAAGCUUUUCAAAAACUCUACUUGGAAUUGGCCGAAUUGGCUAUUAGCACAUACAAGCAUGUUUUACGUUUGCGAUCGGCUCGUUUAGUGGGUUUGGAUUUGGGUAAUUUUUAUUGCUCUUUAAAUGAACCGCACAAGGCCGUUGGUUUCUUCACCGACCUGUUACGUGAACUAAAGGCGGAGAAUUGGUCUACGCUAAGCUCGCAAACUUUGCUAGAAUUAGCCAAUUGUUAUCGAAAAAUGGGCGAUGCAAUGGCCUAUACGAAAACUUGUAGCGCCAUUUCAUGUUGCCUGGAGUUAGAAGUUCUAGUGCGCACAUUUUAUUUCGAUGAAUUUCUCAAAUCAUUAAAAACUCUUAAUUCCGUGCUGUCGGCCCAACCGUCUGUAGAAAAUGCUAAUUAUUGCAUGCUGGAAGAUAAUUUUCAGAUUUUAGCUAUUGAAGUGCUCAACGAGAAACCGAUAAUACAAGAUGAGUUUGUUCGCGUACAGUUGCAAUUGGAGAGCUUUUAUCCACGGGAAGUAAUUAUAGAUGAUUUGAAAUUAAGUUUUGAUCUUUUUGCUACACCAUUGCCAACCACUUCGAGUGGAAAUAAUAACGAUAAACAGAAAUUCUGCUUGCAAUUGCAAUACAAGCAGGAUAACACAUUGGCUACUGCGUCCGUAGCGUGCGGUAAUGUAAAACCUACCCAAAUCGUAAGACGUUCGAGCAGUACCAAGCGUAAAUUAUCGCCCAGUAAAUCGGAUUUCACAAAUUAUGUAGCUGCCGAUAAUAAAGCCCUAAUGCCAGGUAUCAAUCUAAUCGAGUUAAAAGCUAAAGGCAAUCGUGUUGGUCAAUGGCAAUUUAAACAGCUUUGCUUACGCAUGUCUCAACUGGAAUUUCUCUCCGAGCAUUUACCCAGUAAGACGUCAAUAUUUGAAAUUACUACUAAACCGGCGUCGGCUGUGUUGCAUUUUAAAACUCUUAUCGCUGGCGUAGAACAACCCAUCCGUUUGCAUGUGUCAGGUGGCAGCUUUAUAUUUUCAAAUGAAGCAAAGAUCACUUUAAAAUGUUCCAAAAAUUUACGUAUACGCCUUCAAAAACCGAGUAAAGAAGAAGAGGGUGAUGUGAAUAAAGAAAAUCCCAAUGAAGAUGCAACAUUUGAGAGCGUCUUGCAGGUGCCAUUACAGAAUUUUAAAUCGUUCGAAGAACGUGAUAUUCCUUUAGAAGUUUUAACUGACAUGCCGGGUCGCAAAGUGGCUAAACACUUGGAGCAUCACAUUGUACUGAGUUGCCCAUGGUCACGAAGUGAAUUGCAAAUACCGAUAUUAUUCCAGCCGGCUAUAGAAGCCUCUUGCCAUUUGCAUACGUGCGGAACGCAAAAGUUUCUACAAGUCAUCGUUAAAGGACUGGAAUCGCAUCUUUACUUGACCGAAGCUCGUGUGCGUUGUGAUGUGCCUGGAGUUAGCUUGGUCGAUUUAAAUCCUCCAACGCUGCAGCGUAUUGAAAUUUAUAAAUCUUUAACCGUUUUCUAUUUAUACGAAAUCCAAGUGGAGCCCUUGAAGGCGGAAAAUGAAUUGCCGGUUAUUAAAGUACAUUUCGUUACGAAGUAUUCCAGUGUCGAAAAGCCAUACUUGUUGCGGAAUUUCGGUUGCGCGUUCGACCUGGUUGAUUACAUUACGUUAUUUAAGAUACACGCCCAACUAGAACCAAAUGAACUGUGUCGGCUUCGUUCCGUGUGUAAUUUGAAUUUGAAAAUAACGAAAGUUCAUGAAAAUCCCUAUGUUGACUUAAUGUACGAAGUGCUAACUGAUCAAAAUCUAUGGGCCGUGUGCGGACGUUCAAUAGGAGUCAUUUCCAUGAAAGAUGUGGACAGUCAUUCAAUUUCCUUAGAUGUUAUGCCCUUAAGUACAGGUUUCUUGCCGAUGCCUAGUAUUCGUUUAUCUAAAUAUACAGCGGGUGGUAAAAAUAAAACCGAUGCUCAUUCCAAAGCGCAUCCCUUUCCUCCCGGCCAACUUUACAACUCUACGAAAAGUAUGCAAAUACAUGUCAUAGGCGAACAAUAAUUUAAUUCUCAAUGUAAUUAUUUUUAAUUUGGAAGUGGAAUCUUUACCUUUUUAGACUUAAUAUAAACCGAUUGUGUACAAUCAAUAGCUGUUGCUUAUAUCGAUUACCAAAUAAUUGAUACAAAAACGAAACACUAAGUUGUUAAAAUUCUCUUGCUACGCUUGGAAGUAAAAGGCAUUCAAAAUUGCAGAUUUAAUAUACUGACCAUCGCAUGGCCAUCUUGUUGCGAAAUCUCCGAUCUGGAUCGAAAUAGUUUUUCUGGUCGUACAUGUCCAACAGAUGCAAUGCGUUACUUUACCGAAAUGGUGAAUACAUUUGUACACGAAAUUUAAUUAUAUUGCGAACUUAUGGCUCUGGUCUGUCUUCAAGGUCUUCGCUUAAAGAAAAACUAGUAUUCCGAAUUUAGAUGAAAAAAGACAAUAUCGUAAACAAAAUUGCUUGUCUUAACUCAGUAGUGAUAUUUGGAUGUCUUCAAAACACUUCUUCACUGACACUGACGAAAGUAAGAAACCAAACGAAUUCAUUAAGCGUUAAGCUCUAAGAAAAAAUGCCGAACAUUUAAAAGGGUUUUGCAAGUUUAAUAAAAUCUAGUGAUGUCGUUUUUGCUUUCCAUAUUCAUCCAGUUCCGAUUACGACACUUGACCGUUGUCUUCUUCCGUAACAUAUAUGUUUUUUUUUCAGUUACUUUUGGAUAAAAAAAAAAAAAACGGUUCGAGAAGACAGUUAAGCUAUUGAUCUGAUAAAGAUUGUAAACAGCUUAUAGUGCUAACAUUAGUCGAAAAGUUGUAGGCUUAAUAGCUUAAUUGUUGAAAUGUAGCAAUGUGAAUUAAAAUGUAGAAAAAUAAUCGACAUAUGACCGAAACGACAUUGUGUGCCGAACAAAUCGCAUUUAAAACAUUUUAUGUGCUUGCGCUCAUUUAUAUAUAUGUUUGAAUUGCAUAUAGAUGAUAUCUAAGCAGCAUUUCCACUAUUUCUUCUUC